AUGCCCUCCCCUUCUUUUUGUACUCUGGAAGACCUGGAAGCCAUAAAUAUGCCUACAAAUGCAGUUGCCAAGUCUGCAAUCAGCCAGCUCCAUUCUCGAAGGAGAUAUAAAUCAAGCCAUGAAAAAUCAUGGGAGACCAAGCUUCAGCAACAGGAACAGCAGUUUCAGGCCUGGCUUCAGAGCAUUGCAAAGAAAGACAAUAGCAUGGUACCUAUUGGCAAGCUGGCCUCAGAGGUCUAUGAUGGUGAAGAAGACGAAGAUGAAGAUGGCAAUGAAAAAAGUGAAGAGGACUCUGAGGAUGCUGAGGAGAUGCAAGGCAUAGAUGAGAUGAAUGACUAUAAUGAAUCCCCUGAUGAUGGGGAGAACCAGCAGAUCGCCCCAGUACCUGGAAACUCAACGUCUGACACCACCUCAGCUUCUUACCAGGAACUGGUCUAUGUCUCUUAA